UAAUCAAACACUGCCGGAAACAGGUCGUGCGAUAGAAUGCUCGAGAUUCAAUAUGGCCACCUACAUGAGAAUGCUGGGUGCUUGCAAGCAGUCUUGUAAAAACGGGACAAUGUUAUCGAGAAACUACCCCAAUAUGUUUAUAACAGGGGCUGUGCAAUCUCUCCUAAUCGAGUCAUCUAGAGGGCCUGGAAUGGUGGCCAAAAGGUCUUAUUCCACGAGCGGUACACUUCAGAAAACAUGCUACGGCCGCUUUGGUAACGUUUUCUCAUCAGUUACAGGAGGUGAGAGGCUUGCGCAAAUCAACCGAUGGACCAGGAUCACCGGUGUUUUUGCUGGAGAAAGAAAUGUCCUGGGAUGCAAGGCUUCGGCCAGUUGCAACCAGAUACGAUUUUUUGGCAACAGAGGUAGCGGCGCUGGCUUCUCGGGGGAAGACGGCUCAGAGAGCAGCGGUUCUGGGGGAGACGAGUCGGGGGGAGAUGGAGUAACACCGUACACCUCCCCACAGAUGACAGCUCUCACACCGAUGCUGGUGCCGGAAGUGUUCCCCAACGUGCCUCUGAUCGCUGUCAGUAGGAACCCGGUGUUCCCAAGGUUCAUCAAGAUUAUCGAGGUGAAGAACAAGCCGCUGAUGGAUCUUUUGAGGAGAAAAGUCAGACUGGCCCAACCGUACGCUGGCGUUUUCCUAAAGAAAGAUGACGCUAAUGAGUCUGAUGUGGUUGAGAGUCUGGAUGCCAUCUACAACACGGGGACCUUUGUACAGAUACAUGAGAUGCAGGAUCUUGGUGACAAGCUGAGAAUGAUUGUCAUGGGCCAUCGAAGAAUCCGUAUCACCAAGCAGUUAGAGGUGGAGCCGGACGAGCCUGCUUCUGAGCAUUCCUCUGACACUGAACCGGGGAGCCUGCUCAAGGCCUCACGUCGAAAGGCCAAGAGGAAGGAGCGUAAAGAGCCAGCCACCAUGGCUGAAGCCAUGGAGGAGAAGGUGAACGAGGCCAACCUGAUCGUAGAGGCGAUUCCUCUGCCCUCCUCUGAUAUCCUUAUGGUGGAGGUGGACAAUGUGGUGCAUGAACAGUUUGAAGUCUCAGAGGAGGUUAAGGCAUUGACAGCAGAGAUCGUGAAGACCAUCCGUGACAUCAUCGCCCUAAAUCCACUUUACAGAGAGUCUGUUCUUCAGAUGAUGCAGGCUGGGCAAAGAGUAGUAGACAACCCAAUCUAUCUGAGUGAUAUGGGAGCUGCUCUCACAGGGGCAGAGUCACAUGAACUACAGGAUGUCCUGGAAGAGACCAAUAUUCCCAAACGUCUCUACAAGGCUUUAUCGCUGCUAAAGAAAGAAUAUGAGCUGAGUAAGCUGCAGCAACGCCUUGGCAGGGAGGUGGAGGAGAAAAUUAAGCUGACCCACAGGAAGUACCUCCUGCAAGAGCAACUGAAAAUCAUUAAGAAGGAGCUGGGCUUGGAGAAGGAGGACAAGGAUGCCAUCGAGGAGAAGUUCAGGGAAAGACUGAAAGAACGCACCGUCCCUGAGCACAUCAUGGAGGUUAUCAAUGAGGAGCUCAACAAACUCAGCCUGCUCGAUAACCACUCCUCAGAGUUCAAUGUGACCCGGAACUAUCUGGACUGGUUGACCUCCAUGCCAUGGGGAACUAAUAGUGAGGAGAACCUAGAGCUGAAACGGGCCAAAGAGGUGCUAGAGGAGGACCAUUAUGGGAUGGAUGAUGUCAAAAAACGCAUUCUGGAGUUUAUUGCAGUGAGCCAGCUGAGAGGCUCAACCCAGGGAAAGAUCUUGUGCUUCUAUGGCCCUCCUGGUGUUGGAAAGACCAGCAUUGCCCGCUCCAUCGCCAGAGCACUCAAUCGAGAAUAUUUCCGCUUCAGUGUUGGCGGUAUGACAGAUGUUGCCGAAAUCAAAGGCCACAGGAGAACAUAUGUUGGAGCCAUGCCUGGAAAGAUCAUUCAGUGCCUCAAGAAGACAAAGACAGAAAACCCACUGGUCCUAAUUGAUGAGGUUGACAAGAUUGGUCGGGGUUACCAAGGCGACCCGUCCUCUGCAUUGCUGGAGCUUCUAGACCCUGAGCAGAACUUUAACUUCCUCGACCACUACCUGGAUGUGCCUGUGGACUUGUCCAAGGUUCUAUUUAUCUGCACUGCCAAUGUGACUGACACCAUCCCAGAGCCCCUCAGAGACCGCAUGGAGAUGAUCAACGUUUCUGGAUAUGUGGCCCAGGAAAAACUAGCCAUCGCUGAGAAGUAUCUGGUACCCCAGUUACGAACUCAGUGUGGGCUGACCGAGGAUACAACCAACAUUUCCCCAGAUGCUCUGAAUCUUCUUAUCAGACAGUACUGCAGAGAGAGUGGAGUCAGAAACCUACAGAAACAAGUGGAAAAGGUUUUCCGGAAAGUGGCAUUCCGUAUUGUGAGUGGGGAGGAGACAGCGGUCCAGGUUACCCCUGACAACCUGCAGGACUAUGUGGGCAAACCCAUAUUCACCGUGGACAGAAUGUAUGAUUCGACACCACCUGGCGUGGUCAUGGGCCUGGCAUGGACUGCUAUGGGUGGAACCACGCUGUUUAUCGAGACGUCCCUGAGGCGGCCUCGGGACACUGGGGUUAAGGACAAGGAUGGACCCAGGGAGGGCUCCCUGGAGAUCACCGGGCAGCUGGGCGAUGUGAUGAAGGAGAGCGCCAAGAUCGCCAGUACUUUUGCCAGGGUGUUUCUCAUGAAGCAGCAGCCAGACAACAAUUUCUUUUCUGGUUCCCACCUCCAUCUGCAUGUCCCUGAGGGUGCUACUCCCAAGGACGGGCCCAGUGCCGGCUGCACCAUCGUCACGGCCCUGCUGUCCCUGGCCACCAACACACCGGUGCGGGAGAACGUGGCCAUGACAGGCGAGGUGUCCCUGACCGGAAAGAUCCUGCCGGUGGGAGGCAUCAAGGAGAAGACCAUCGCUGCGAAGCGUGCAGGUGUGACCUGCAUCAUCUUACCGGCAGAGAACAAGAAAGACUUCUCUGACCUUCCAGAGUUCAUCACUGAAGGCUUGGAAGUUCACUUUGUGGAUCAUUACACAAAGAUGUACCCCAUUGUCUUUCCAGAACAAUGUAAACACUGAAUUACAUGAACCUAUGAGACUGACACUGAUACCUGAGCUGCUACCACUGUUAUUAGGGAUGGACACAACAGGAUAGUUAAUGUUCUACAGUGAAGGACGUUCGGGCAACCAGAUAUUUUCUGAAGGAGGAUUUUCAGAUCAAUGAUUUGUUUUACUUUCACUUGCCGUUAAAGUACCACUUAUACUGAGAGUGUGAGACAGCUCUGUCGUCAGUGGUUGUACAGCUGAUCAGUUGGACUACAUAAGGCAGGGGGUAUGUUCAGAAGGGUGAAACAUUUGGAUCUUUUCAGAUAGAACUGUAUGGUGAAUUACAGGUACUGUCUGUCCUGUAAAAUAGCUAAAGAAGACUCUGGGUUACAACAGUUGAAUACAAAGAUCCCCAAAAAACAACAAACCGUUGGGGUCAUGAUGUUGCUGCUACGCAGCCUAGACUUACUAGAUCUUUUUAUUUACCAAAAAUGUAUGUUGCAUUUAAUCUGUUAAAAUGAA